AUGCAAGACGCUUCUCCAUUUGCCCGAAAAGCGUACAUCCAGAAAGUAUUUCAAGAGCCAGAGCUCGGCAGAUUGGAUACGUGGGCCCACCUGAGACGACUGGAAACUAUACCCUUUGGACUGUAUUACCGGAUUACGUGCUGCCUCGAUGCGUCGGCCGAUCGAGCGCUGCUGCUUGCGUCAAAAGGGCUACGCAAUAGGAUGAUAGAGGCCCAGUUGAACUCGCAAUAUACCACGAUCAGAAUCACCAAUGACGAUAACGGUUUCGGUUAUCUAUUCCAGGUGGCAAGCGAUGGAAGGAAUCGCCCAUACCCUCAGACUCUCUGGUUUGAGCCCAGGAAGCUGCCUAACAGGAGGUUGAUGGCAUCCACUGUUCCUCUUUCGCCAGAUACUCUCAGAAUCGACUCGUUCCCGGCGAUCAGGCAGUUUCGCGACAUCGUGAGGUCCGCGUUUCCCAACAUCAAGAACAUCAUCAUUGAAUAUUUCCGGUCCCCACAAAUUGCCAACGAUACCAGCGCCAUGUUUCUUCAUAUCCUAUUCUCGGUCCUUGCAGAUGCUAGGGCUGAGCCUGAAUACCUGUUGAUCUUCACGAAGAAUUCAAUUCAACCCACGACAGAAACCUCAAACCAUAUAGCGCCUAUUUUCUACACUCUCCCUUACAAUGUCGAGAUUGUGUGGAAUAAGCUGGUCUGCUUGACGGUGGGCCUGCCCUGGGACGAGGGCAAGCAAAGAGUAUAUUUGUCAGAUGUUUGGAUCGUUGUUUUUGUGCGCUUGGAAGCUCAGCCUCUGUCUCGUUGGUGGAGAAGACUAAUGAAACUAGCCAUUGAUGCCUGUGACUGGGCAGACUCCAAGGAAGACAACGGCGUCAAUCUCUGGACGUUGAGGCUCGAAUGUGUCGAUGUCAGCACUCAAGACCUCAUUCAAUUUCUCGAGCUGUAUGGAAAGCGCCUAAUGACUCUCACCCUCCAACAGGUUUAUAGUCCUGAAGGGGGUUGGCUUGAAGUCUUCCAACUGCUAAGGGAUAAGAAGAUCUGUCCCAAGCUGGAGUGCAUGAGGCUUGUUGUCGGACGUAACCCGGCGGAUACUCAGCAUAUCCAAGAGGACUUUCACUCAUAUUUGGUGAUGUAUGAUACGGAAGACCCCCAGAUUAAUGAUAAAGAUCAGGCAAUUGCUCGAACCGUGGCAUUGGGGUACUAG